AUGGAGGAGUCAAGCGAGAGGCCAGUCCGUUUAGGGGAAUUCGAGAUCCCAGAAUGUCCCUGGACCAAAUUGAUAGAGAUGUCGACGGACAUUCUAGCAUCUAGUCCGGUUAGGUACAAGAGACAUGAGAUGUGCGACUUUUGGUUCUUUGACAGUGAAAGUUUGAUAGGGACCGGAGAGUUCUUGGAGACUGACGUUGAGCUGAUCAGAGGAGAGCUAUCCUUAAUGACUCUCCGGCCAACAGCAUUCUCAGACUUGGUCCUCCACCUCCGUGAAGAUCUUCUUCUUCACGCAGGUGUAUGUGAACAGCCACGACCACCUCUUGGUAAGGCUCGACGUACACGAGAUCUUCCAUCUCGUGUAUCUCGUCGAUCCUCAUAUGUACCUCCACCCAUUUAUCAACGCCAUAGAUUUCUGCCACAAUCACGGACAGGUUCUACUCGACGUCAACGUUAA